GAUGUGUGGCACACUUGGUUUUUACAUUUGGCACUCUGUGGGAUUUAAAUUACUAGUGAAUUUCACUUUUUCAUCUUUGCAUCUUUUUGUUUUUAGGGUUGAUGCAUUGAAAAUGAGAGAAAUGACCGCCGGAUUGAACGUGGUCCUGCUGGGAAAAACAGGAGCCGGAAAAAGCUCAUCAGGAAACACAAUCCUGGGUCGACAAGCUUUCAUCACACAGAAAAGUGUCGCACAAGACGUCACUGUGGAGUCUGGAUCAUUCGGUGAACUACCAGUCUCUGUUUACGACACUCCAGGAUUAUCAGAUAUAGAGAUGAGUGAAGAAGAGAUUCGGCAGAUGAUCAAUGAGAAGAUCCUCCAAAUAUGUUCAUCAGGUCUGUGUGUGUUUCUGCUGGUCAUCAAAGCAGACAGAUUCACUGAAGAAGACAGAAAAACUGUGGAGAAGAUUGAGAAGAUCCUGGGAGAAAACAACCAGAACAACACCUGGAUUCUGUUCACCAGAGGAGACAAACUGGAGGGAGAAAACAUGACGAUAGAGAAGUUCAUAGAGGAGACUGAAGAACUGAAGACACUCGUGCAGAAAUAUGAGGACAGAUACCAUCUGUUCAACAACAACAAGAUGAAGAAGGAGGAAGAGGAGGAGGGGGGACCAAGUGAACAAGUAAAGAUACUGUUCAAUAAAAUACUGAAGCCUUACCUCGACACAAUGGCAGGAGAAAAGAUAUGGCAGCAGAAUACACUGAAGAGAAAAAUACCAGCAAAUAUUGGAGCAGUCUCUCGUGUCUCCGGUCUCCCCUCCAGACGGAUUGUUCUUCUCGGUAAAUCUGGUGUUGGUAAAAGUGCAGUUGGAAACACAAUCCUGGGACAGAAAGAGUUUACAUCUGUGAUGAGCACAAAUUCAGUAACCCGCGUUUGUUCAGCAGCUCAGUCCACAGUUUCAGGCAGAUCUGUGUCUGUAGUCGACACUCCUGGAUUCUUUGACACAAAGAUGAAACCUGAAGAGUUAAUGAUGGAGAUCGCCAGAAGUGUGUAUAUCUCCAGUCCUGGACCUCACGCUUUCCUCAUUGUGUUUCAUGUGAACACGAGAUUCACUGAACAGGAGGAACAGAUUCCUCAGAUGAUUGAGCUGAUGUUUGGUGAAGAAGUGUUGAAAUACUCCAUCAUUCUCUUCACUCAUGGAGAUCUGCUGGAUGGCGAGUCAGUAGAGAAGCUGAUAGAGGAGAACUUUGCCUUAAGAUCUCUAGUCCAGCAGUGUGGAGGCAGAUAUCAUGUGUUCAACAAUAAAGUGAAUAACAGAGAGCAGGUGGAGGAUCUACAGCAGAAGAUUGACUCAAUGAUACAGCAGAAUGGAGGAGGACACUACACUAACCAGAUGUAUGAAGAUGCUCAGAUAUUCAGACAAGAGGAAGAAGAGGAGAGAAAACUACAAGAGGAGAAACAAAUACAAGAGGAGAUUGAGAGAGAGAUAAAGGAGACUGAGGAGAGAAUCAAAGCAGAAAUGGAAGCUGAAAAUCUUAAAGCAGAGAGACUGAGUGAGGAAGAACAGAGAAGACGAGAGAAACAAAGACAAGAGGAGAUAGAGAGAGUGAAGAAGAAUACUGAGGAGAGGGUUAGAAAAGAAAUUAAAGCUAAAAAGGAGACAGAAGAGAGAAUCAGAGCAGAGAAUAAGGCUAAAUUAAAUGAGGAGAGUGGCUUUUUAAACUUUUUUUCCAAAUACAAACAUCAUUUUGCCACGGCAGGACAUGUUGUUGGAGGAAUUGCUAUCGGAGCUGCAGUUUUAUCUGGAGUUGGAGUUGGAGCUGCUGCUGGAGCUGGUUUAGCAGCUUUUUGUGCUGGAGUAGGAAGUGUUUCAGUUGCUGGAGCUGCUGUUGGAGGUGUUGUUGGAGGUGUUGUUGGAGGUGUUGCUGCUAGCAAAUAUGAGGAAGAAAUAAAGUGGAAGAAGAGAAGAAGAGAAGAAGAAGAGAGAGAACAACAAGUUGACAAAAAAAUACAAGAAGAGAUUGAGAGAGCAAUAAAGGAGAUUGAUGAGAGAUUCAGAGAAGAAAUGGUAGCUAAAAAUCUUAAAGCAGAGAAACAGAGUGAGGAAGAACAGAGAAGACAAGAGAAACAAAGACUAGAGGAGAUUAAGAGAGUAAGAGAAAAGACAGAGGAGAGAAUCAGAGCAGAAAUUGAAGCUAAAAAGCAGAGAGACGGAGUAAGGAAGAACAGAGAAGACGAGAGAAACAAAAACAAGAGGAGUUAGAGUGAUAAAAGAGACAGAGGAGAGAGUCAGAGCAGAAAAUGAGGCUAAAUUAAACGAGAAGAGUGGAUUUUUUUAUUUUUUUAAGAGAGGAAGAAGAGAGGAAGAAGAGAGAAAACAACAAGUUGACAAACAAAUACAAGAGGAGAUUGAGAGAGUGAUAAAGGAGACAAAGGAGAGAUUUAGAGAAGAAAUGGAAACUGAAAAUCUUAAAGCAGAGAGACAGAGUGAGGAAGAACAGAAAAGAUGAGAAAAACAAAGACAAGAGGAGAUAGAGAGAGUGAGAAUGGAAACUGAGGAGAGGGUCAGAACAGAGAA